AUGUACAGCCGCAACCCAACUCUCGCACCAUUACCGACUGUGCUCCAGCACGGACUCAGGGCCGUCACCGCCCUCGCCUUUCUCUCGCUUGUAUCGUCGUUUGCUCUGUUCGUCUAUCUCAGCGGGAGGUUGGUAGCCUGGUACUUCAGGUCGAAUCCGAAGAAUCCGCGGAGAGAGGCGGAGAACGGAACAAGGGGUGCUCUUCCCUGCGAGGUUGGCGCACAGUACUUCGGAACGGCGGACCAGGGAAGGAAAGCACCGAACCAGGCCCUCGUUCUUGUCAUCAACGUUCUCUUUGCGGACGUGCUGCAAGCCUGCGCCUUCUUUCUGAACAUCGUCUGGGUCAUAGAGGACCGGAUCACGGACGAGUCGCCGGCAUGCUGGGCCCAAGGGUGGUUCAUCUCGACGGGUGAUCUGUCAUCCCUCACGUUCCUGACGGCCAUCGCUGUUCACACCUACAUCACUCUCAUUUUGGGGCGCAAAGUCCCGACAAAAGUUUUCUAUGCUGUUAUUUCCUUUUUAUGGUUUGCCGUUUUGUUCUUGUCGGUUUUGGGCGUUAUCAUCACGAACAAUGGAAAGGGGGUGGGUGGCUUCUACGUUCGUGAUACUGCUUGGUGUUGGAUCAGUUCUGCAUACGAGCCCAUGCGUUUCUAUCUUCAUUAUCUCUGGAUGGUCAUCCUGCAAGUUGUCGGAACUGUUUCCUGGGUUCUUGUUUUCGUGCACUUUUACCGAAGGGCAAAGGCACUCAAACUGUCGAAGAAGUCCGGCGAAGAAAGCAGCUCCAACAACAGCGUCCUCAGUCCUACGGGCGUUGCCCCGCGAACGUCCGAGGGCGUGAAGUCGGAAGUCCACAAGCGCGUCCUCUUCUUACUAUACCCCCUGAUUUUUCUCGUUUGUACGACGCCGUUGGCAAUUGGCCGCAUGAUGGGAACCCGCGGUGUCAAACUCUCUCCGGAGUAUCUUUGCUUCGCUGGAGCCAUGAUCACCUCCAAUGGUUGGCUCGACGUCAUUCUCUUCUCGACCACCCGACGAGCCAUCCUCUUCCAUACAUCUCCUGACGACCAAAACCUUGGAAUCGAAACAUUCAACCUGACGCCUCUCGGUCAACAAUUUGGACACAGGGUGUGGAUCACGUCGGGAUCUAAAAAGAAACAGAACGAAAGGAAGAAUGGCGUAUUCCGCAAGCCGUCGCGGUGUCCAAGACGGGGGUCUGCGGGGAGUCAUGACCGGAGUGAGAGCAUGACGUCGCUACAUAAGCGUGAUCUGGCGGGACUCAAGGGCAUUCAGAUGGAGACUGUCACUCGCGUCUUCGUGGAGGUCGAGUCACCAUCUGAGGAGAACGGCUACCCUUCUCGUAGUCUAGCUUCGAUGCCAUCAGCCGAGAGUGUUGGUCCAAGAGUGCCUCAAAGCAUGGAUAUCGUAAGAUGA